UCAGUGCUCACGCUUCUUUUUCCCUUGGCUCUUGCUGCCUUUUGUUCCCCCCCUUCAGCUACCCUCGAGGCAGCUCUACCAGCAGACAGCUCAAGUGUAUUUUCUGCUUUUCUUAGUACGCGGUGGGCUCAUCGGCCUUUAACGAAAGUGCGGCUGCGAACGAGCUGGCGGGCGCGGGGCUCGGGGGAGGCGCGCUGCGGCUCACGGCGGCGACGACAACGACGACCAGGCAAGUGGACAGAGGCGGCUCCUGAGAAAGCGGCGGAUCCCAUGCCCCGGGACGGCGGGCGGACCCGGAGAGACAAGUCCGGGGCCCGGGGCAUGUCCCCGGGGCCCCCGUGAGGAGGUGGCGGCGGCGGCGAUGGAGAUCCCGCCGCAGGAGGCGCCGCCCGGGCAGGGCGCGGACGGCGACGCCGAGGAGGCCCCCGCCGAGGCCCAGUCUCCCAGUCCCGCAUCGCCCCCGGCCGACGGGCGCCUCAAGGCUGCGGCCAAGCGCGUCACGUUCCCCUCUGACGAGGAUAUCGUGUCCGGAGCGGUGGAGCCCAAAGACCCUUGGAGACACGCCCAGAACGUGACUGUGGAUGAAGUCAUCGGCGCCUACAAGCAGGCCUGCCAGAAGCUGAACUGCAGGCAGAUCCCCAAGCUCCUCAGGCAGCUUCAGGAGUUCACAGACCUGGGACACCGUAUUGACUGCCUGGACCUGAAAGGUGAAAAGCUCGACUACAAGGCCUGCGAGGCCCUGGAAGAGGUCUUCAAGAGGCUGCAAUUCAAGGUCGUGGACCUGGAGCAGACGAACCUGGAUGAAGAUGGCGCCUCAGCCCUCUUUGACAUGAUUGAGUACUAUGAGUCGGCCACCCACCUCAACAUCUCCUUCAACAAGCACAUCGGCACCCGGGGCUGGCAGGCCGCUGCCCACAUGAUGCGCAAGACCAGCUGCCUGCAGUACCUGGACGCCCGCAACACGCCCCUGCUGGACCACUCAGCGCCCUUCGUGGCCCGCGCCCUGCGGAUCCGCAGCAGCCUGGCGGUGCUGCACCUGGAGAACGCCAGCCUGUCAGGGCGGCCCCUCAUGCUGCUCGCCACGGCCCUGAAGAUGAACAUGAACCUUCGGGAGCUGUACCUGGCCGACAACAAGCUCAAUGGCCUGCAGGACUCGGCCCAGCUGGGCAACCUGCUCAAGUUCAACUGCUCCCUGCAGAUCCUAGACCUCCGUAACAACCAUGUGCUGGACUCAGGUCUGGCCUACAUCUGCGAGGGCCUCAAGGAGCAGAGGAAGGGGCUGGUGACCUUGGUGCUGUGGAACAACCAGCUCACACACACGGGCAUGGCCUUCCUGGGCAUGACGCUGCCACACACGCAGAGCCUGGAGACGCUGAACCUGGGCCACAACCCCAUCGGGAACGAGGGUGUGCGCAACCUCAAGAACGGCCUCAUUGGCAACCGCAGUGUGCUGCGCCUCGGCCUGGCCUCCACCAAGCUCACCUGCGAGGGCGCGGUGGCGGUGGCGGAGUUCAUCGCCGAGAGCCCCCGCCUCCUAAGACUGGACCUUCGGGAGAACGAGAUCAAGACGGGCGGGCUCAUGGCACUGUCGUUGGCCCUCAAGGUGAACCACUCCCUGCUGCGCCUGGACCUGGACCGUGAGCCCAAGAAGGAGGCGGUGAAGAGCUUCAUUGAGACGCAGAAGGCGCUGCUCGCCGAGAUCCAGAAUGGCUGCAAGCGCAACUUUGUGCUGGCUCGCGAGCGGGAGGAGAAGGAGCAGCGGCUGCAGCUGUCGGCCUCCAUGCCGGAGAUCACGGUCACCGAGCCGCAGCCCGACCAGGGGCCCGGGGACCAGCCUGCCACCGAGGCUCAGGAGAACGGGGCCCCGGCCUCGGGGCGCAGCCUGGACUCAGACUCCGACUCCGACUCCGAGGCGGACGAUGGGGAGGGGGAGGAUGGGGGGCGGGCUGCGGCCCCCCACCCCGCCCCAGGGCCCCCCACGGACUCCCUGGGCCCUGGGGACCGGAGCCCCCCGGGCAGCCCUUCCUCCCCCGCUGAGCAGCGCAUUUCCGUGUCCAGCCCGGGCCGAGGCCACAAGGUGUUCGUGGUGACUCGGGUGGAGAGCCCACCUGAGAGAGCAGAGCCCCUCGUGCCGGCCUCUCCUUCUUGUCCUUCCCCCCCACCUGCCUUAUCCCCCCCGCCCACCUCGCCUGCCCUACCGCCCGCGGAGGCCGUCAGCACUCGGGACCCAGGGUCAUCUCAGCCUCAGCCAGGGCCGCCGCUGCCCAACGGCCUGAAGCCCGAGUUCGCCCUCGCACUGCCCCCAGAGCCGCCCCCGGGGCCCGAGGCCAAGGCGGCCAGCUGUGGCCUGGAACACGAACUGAGCUGCUCCAAGAACGAGAAGGAGCUGGAGGAGCUGCUUUUGGAAGCCAGUCAGGAAUCCGGGCAGGAGACACUGUGACACUUUAGUUCCUUUUUUUCCGGUCGGUCUUCGAUGAACUGAGGCCAGAGCCAUGAGAAUCUGCUCGCCCUCACCCCCAGCCUUCCUGAGGCCCAGGACGCCAGGGGUGGGGGCCUUUCUGGGGGCCCCGCCCCCCACAGCAACACUACGCGGGUGCAGGAGCUACAGGGGGCGGCCCGCCCACCCUGACUUGAGCACGCGUUCUUCUGUGUCCUCUGUGUCCGGCCCCGAAGACUGGGCUGGAGAGUAGAUGGGAGGGGGAGGAGUCUCCAGGGUCAUCAGCCCCAACGCCGGCCGACUUUUCUGGAGGGGCUCUUUGGGCCGGCUCACCCUGUGGAGGACGGGAGCCCCUGGUGGCGGUGCGGCGCCCCCACCCCCGUGGCCCUGGGCACAGAUGAGGCGGGAGGCGUGGUGUGGGAGGGGCGGUGAGCGGUGGUGGCCGUGCAGCUUGGUAGAGCAGCCCAGACAGGGUGAGGGCUGGGUGAGGGUGGGGGAUGGGAGCAGAGAAUUAGAGCUUUCUUUUUCUUAAGUGCAAUAAAUCUA